UAUUGUGCGAUGGACGUAUAGUGCGUGUAUUGUCAAUUGUAACAUUAUCUGAAUUAUUUAAUAUGAGGACAAUAAUGAGUGCGAAAGAAGGGAUACUGAUAUUUCAUAUUGUUGCAAUAUUAGCAAUCCAAGCUACGGAGGUGAACGUGAGCGGCGAAUGGAAAACUGAUCUCGGCUGGGAGGUGACAUGCGGUUGGCAGACCUUGUCUAACGAUACCUUGCAAUCCGUGCGACUCUAUCACAAUGGCCAACAGUUUAUGAUAUAUAGGCCAGAAAAACAUGGACCUUCGAAGACCGAGGUGUUCCGAGCUCCUGAUCACUAUAUUAACAUUGACUGUGCGGUGACCUCAGAGAGAGGUCAAACCGGAAGAUGUGUACUCACAUUGGAGCCUUAUCAGCCACCAUCGGAUGAUUCUACUUAUACCUGUGAAGUCUCGGGCGAGAGGCCUAUGUUCCGUAUCGGCAAGAUGGACUAUCUUCUCAAGUCUCUAGUGGUACCAAGUGAUGCACGCUUAGAGAUCAAAGCUUCGGAAGAUCUUGCUUCUCCACGAGUGACGCUUAACUGCUCAACCGAAGGUCUACCAGCGCCCACGUUGAAUUGGAUAGUUGGAGGUGAUAAGAUACAAGCAGAUUUCAAUCGACGUGAAUGGAAUGCGACCUCAAAACUGUGGCACGCUUGGUCGUCUCUUUCAUACACAAGAACUGAUCCGACACAAACAGUCACGUGUUUGCCAGAAAUAACACGGAACAAUGAUACUAUUAAAGGGAAACCCGCUGUGUAUAACUCAGCUUCUUUAAUAGGUUUCAACAAAUUAAUACUACUUACGGCAAUCCUGAAUCGUCUAAGAUGAUACAAUCCAAGGAUACUUAAUAAAACACGUUAUUUUUUUAA